GGAGUACAGCUGUAUGGAAAAUCUCGACGAGAAGCUGUGUCAUUUCUUAAAGAAGUUCCUCCUCCAUUUACUUUAGUAUGUUGCCGUCGUUUGUUUGAAGAUGAAGGUGAAAGUUCUGCAGAUGAAUCAAGUUCUGUCAGUCUUCAAGCUUCUACAGAAAAGACCGCUGAUCAAAGUUGUGUCAUAUCAAAUACACAGAUUCCUCCAUCGGAUAUUGAAGUGGCUAAGAAAACCACUCAAUGGAUGGUCAUAAUGUUGAAGAUGAUUAUGGUGAUUAUGAAGACGGGGAGCUGGCACUGUGGUCUGAAGAAGUGAAGAUUAUUGAACUUGAGAAAGAUUCCAGAGGCUUGGGCUUUAGCAUCCUCGAUUAUCAGGAUCCCUUGGAACCAUCACGAACUGUGAUAGUGAUUCGAUCUCUAGUUCUAGGAGGUGUAGCGGACAAUAAUAGAGGUUUGCUACCUGGUGAUCGACUUGUCUUUGUUAAUGAAAAGUACCUGGACAACAUUCCCUUAGAUGCUGCUGUGGAAAUCCUGAAAUCUGUUCCAGCUGGUAAAGUGCACCUGGGAAUCUGCAAACCUCUUGUGCCUGAAUCUAAUAAAAAUGAGGAAGACAGUCUUACAAAUGCAGUUGCAGAUGAAACAGUAGAAGAAGAACCUGUAGAUCCAGUCAGUACAUCUUUAAUUAUACCAGCACCCAAGGAAUUUGAUGACAGUGCAUAUUUCCAUGAGGAAUUUGUUGAUGACAACGACGAUGUAAUUUUGGAACUUGGAAGUCAGUUUCCCUUAGAGUUCAGCCAAGAUGACAGCAUUCAGUCCCCUUGGGGGAUGCAGCAUGUUGUUAUGCAGCAUGUUGUUGCAGAGGAGGAACUUGUUGAUGGAAUGGAGAUGCUUGUAGAUGAAAGUGGCGAGUCCGAUGUAGAUCAGGACCUUUUUGAGAACCUGCAGAAACCUACCCCAGCUUUUAGAGUGGAAGCAGAAUCUACAUCACCUCACAGACUUAGCAGCUCUACUGAACAGUUAGACUAUUUGUCAUCUGCAGAGUCUUCAUUGACACAUGAUGAUUUACAAAGCGAGUAUCACAUACCACAGACCAAAUACAUUAGUGAGAAUAUGGGUGAGGAGUUUAAUCAGAAACUGUCAUCUUACUCCGUUUAUGUUAAUGGUUACAAAACUGAGCCAAAAUCGUUUGAGAAGACUGUUAUACUGAAAAAUGAACUGGAUUUAGGUAUUGAUGUGAGGAAUGACCCAAAAGGAAAUGGACUGAUUGUGAAGCAGAUUGACCCACAGGGUGCUGCUGGGGAAAGUGGACAACUAAGGAAGGGAGAUUAUAUUGUAGCUAUCAACCAACAACCAGUGAAACAGCUUAGUUCUUUCCAGGUGCAAUCAGUUUUCUCAGGACAUACCUCAGGAGACAGUGAAUUAGAGUUUACAUUUGUUCCUGCAGAACAAGUUGAUGUUUACAGAAGUCUAAUACUAAAUCAUUUGGAAACUGAUGAUACAUUAUUGGCUGUUCCUUCUGAAGUUCAGCCCAGGUCUUCUAGUGAACUGCCUGAAAGAGAAGAAGGAGAAGGAGAAGAAACCCCUGCCUUCAGUCAUUGGGGACCACCAAGGACUGUCCCUGUGUGGAGAGACCCAGCAACAUCCCUUGGCAUUAGUAUAGUGGGGGGUCAGAAUGUUAUAAAACGACUGAAGAAUGGUGAAGAACUGAAAGGUAUCUUCAUUAAAAAUGUACUGGAAGACAGUCCUGCUGGCAAAACCAAAGCAUUCAAGACUGGAGACAAAAUACUUGAGGUCUCAGGGGUGGAUUUACAUAAGGCAACCCACGAAGAAGCUGUUGCAGCUAUAAGGGAUGCAGGGAAUCCUGUUGUUUUUGUUGUGCAGAGUUUAUUGUCUGUCCCUAGGCCUGUCUCAGUAAUACAACAUAAACCAAGUGGAUCUAAUGACAGUGCAGUUCCUGAAAGGAAAGAGAGGACAAGCAUUAUUGUUGGCGGGGCCCCACCACCUAUGAGACUACCACCACCAUACAAGGAAAAUACUCUCACAAAGACCACAGAUACUGAUGCAGGUGAACUCAGCAAAGAAGAUGAAUAUUCUCAAACAUGGGAAAAAAUCAGGCAACGCUAUGGCGAUCUGCCAGGAGAGCUGCACAUUAUCGAGCUUGAAAAGGAUAAGCAUGGUCUUGGACUCAGUCUUGCUGGUAACAAGGACAGGUCGCGUAUGAGCAUAUUUGUUGUGGGAAUCAAUCCUGACAGCCCAGCAGGAAAAGACAGGAGGAUACACAUUGGAGAUGAACUGCUAGAGAUCAACAGUCAGACAUUAUAUGGCAGAAGUCAUCAAAAUGCAUCGGCAAUAAUCAAAAGUGCCCCUUCAAAGGUUAAACUGACUCUCUUAAGGAAUGAGGAUGCAUUUGACCAGCUGGCUGUCACUCCUUCACCACCACCACCAAUCAGCAACCAGUCUUCUGUUGAGGAAUCUUCUGUUACUGAAAAGGCAACAGCUGGUGGAGUGGUUAACAGGAGACCUAGUGACGCUGGAGAUGUAUUAAUUGAGAAGAAAGUAAGCACUGAACAAGACAGUCCUGUACUGGAUGACUCUGCAACAAUACAUCCUUUAGAAAAGAUUGCCAACUUGCUAAAAAGCGCAAAAAGUACAACAAAACGUUCAUCAUCUCCACCGGCAUAUGAAACAACAGACUCAGAGGUUUUAAAUCAUAGUAGUAUCUCAUUUCCAUUAUCAAUGGAUCCAGCAACUUGCCCAAUUAUCCCUGGCCAAGAAACUGUUAUAGAGAUAUCAAAGGGGCGAUCAGGUCUUGGACUUAGCAUUGUCGGAGGGAGAGAUACUCCACUGGAUGCUAUAGUAAUCCAUGAAGUGUAUGAAGAGGGUGCUGCUGCCAGAGAUGGAAGAUUGUGGGCAGGAGAUCAGAUACUGGAGGUUAAUGGUGUGGAUUUACGAAAUGUUUCACAUGAAGAAGCUAUCACUGCCUUGAGGAAAACCCCUCAGAAAGUGUUACUUUCUGUCUACAGAGAUGAGUCACAGUAUAAAGAUGAAGAGAAUUUAGAUCUCAUUUCUGUUGACCUCCAGAAGAAGUCUGGCAGAGGUCUUGGCCUCAGCAUCGUUGGAAAACGCAAUGGCACAGGUGUAUUCAUCUCUGACAUUGUUAAAGGAGGAGCGGCAGACUUAGAUGGACGAUUAAUGCAAGGAGAUCAGAUUUUGUCUGUGAAUGGUGAAGAUUUGAGGAGUGCAUCUCAAGAGACUGUUGCUACAGUAUUGAAGUGUGCACAAGGAUUAGUUCACCUUGAAGUUGGAAGGCUGAAAGUGGCAUCAUGGGUGUCAUCACGAAACGCAUCUGAGGAGAGCCCGGUAAGCCAACAAAGUGUAAUCAGCAACAGUCUUCCAUUUGUAUCACAUACCACUGGUUCACAGAAUUACUCUAGAACAAAGAAGCCAUCUUCUGCUUUGCCGCAGAAUCUAGGAGCAGGAACAGAUCUAAGAACAGUUGAAAUAGCAAGGGGACCUAAUGAUGCUCUUGGAAUCAGUAUAGCAGGAGGAAAAGGAAGCCCACUAGGUGAUGUUCCCAUCUUUAUAGCUAUGAUUCAGGCCAAUGGAAUGGCAGCUCGUACACAAAAACUCAAGGUUGGUGAUCGGAUUGUCUCUAUUAAUGGGCAAUCCCUGAAUGGCCUGUCUCAUGCUGAUGUAGUCAAUCUGCUGAAGAACGCUUAUGGCAGCAUUAUCCUGCAGGUUGUAGCUGAUACCAACAUCAGUGCCAUAGCUAGUCAACUGGAAAGCAAGUCAUCUACUCCUAACCUGAACCCAAUAUCAGAUAUACAGUCCGAUGAUCCAGAAGCUGCUGAACCGAAAACUAUUGUCUUGGAAAAGGGACCGGAUGGACUUGGCUUUAGCAUUGUCGGGGGAUAUGGAAGUCCUCAUGGGGAUCUGCCAAUUUAUGUCAAAACAGUCUUUUCUAAGGGAGCAGCUGCUGAAGAUGGAAGGCUGAAGCGAGGUGACCAGAUUCUAGCUGUAAACGGAGAAAGUUUUGAAGGCAUCACACAUGAGCAAGCAGUAACUAUCCUAAAGCAUCAAAAAGGAACUGUAAAAUUGACUGUGUUAUCCUAACAGUCUUCUGCAGAAAUAAUUUUACCAUCUUUGUAUGAAGGACAAUUAAAUGAGGCUCCAUUAUUUGUAAACUGAGAUGAUGAUUGAUGACCAUAUGGAAUGACAACCAUCUUUAUUUUACUCCUUUGUAUAUUAAGUGCCAUAUGUUGUUUCUUGGAGAUUACUUGUACUGCAUGCAGUUUAAGUAAUGCAAUGCUAGCUCCAAAAAUAAUGCAGUGGGCUGCUAUUUCUUAGUUAAGGAAGGGUCAAAGCUACUUUUUUUAAGAAGAUUUUAAAUAUGCAUAUAUUAUUGCUUUACCAAGUGAAGGGCUAUAGCAGAGAAACAUUCUAUAUUUACAUUAACUGUUAAUUUGAAACUAUGAAGGAAAAUACUAUAAAUAUUACCACAAUGUUGUAAGCACAAAACUAAGUGCAUUUUAAAAUGGCACGAAAUGUCACUUAUGAAGGGACUUCAGUUUCUUUAAACUGCCACUGUACAUGAUUAGACUUCUGUAAAACUGAAUACUGUCUAAAAUAGCAUUAUUCUGAUUUCUGAAAUAUGUGUCUAGUGGAAUAAACUGUUGUAGAUUGACACAUUCUAUUUAUAUUUAAUCCGUGGAACUGUUUAUGCUAUCAUGUGAGUCAGCCUGGUAUUUAAAUAAGCACAUAAUUUUAAGAAUCCAUUAUUGGUACAAGUAGGUGUCAGGACGUGUUGUUACUGUUGCAACACUUGAAAUGUCAACAGAAUACCAUUUUUGUGUUUUAUUUUAUUUGUUCUUUACUACUGAUAUAGUAAUAUUUUUGAUUUAUCAUUUGUUUGCCUAAAUUAAGUUUACUUCAUUAACUAUGAAUACUUGCUUGAACCAAAUUAAAACAGUAAAUUAAAGUAACAUCACUGCCUGUAUAUGGUUAUAUAUAUAUAGUAAAAGAAAUGGUGUGGCAAACAAUAUUAUUUAAAAACAUAGUGCAGACAUUCAGCAGCAUGCAAUACAAUAUAAAAACAGAUUUUUAUUUAAUUAGAAUUAUUCCUAAAAUAACCUAAUUUUACAAACUCAGCAUCAGUGCUGUAUAGUGCACAGUUUUUGAAGACAGCUUAUUGGUCAGUGUUGUUAAUGAUAGAAUAAUUGUUGACCAUGGAAUUAUUAUAUCAAAAGAACCUUAUACGACAGAAGGUGAUAAUUAAAAAAAUGUGUAAACUUAAAAUCACAUAGUAAUUUAAUGUGUUGUUUUUAUAGUUUUAAGUUUUUUUUGAAAUAUCUCCUGUCAUAAUAAACAAUGCAUCAGAGAGAUGUAUUUCGUUCUGUAGGUUCUCUGUUAAAAAUACACACGCACACACACACACACACACACACACAUAUAUAUAUAUAUAUAUAUAUAUAUAUAUAUACACCAAAAACGCAGGACUUGGUGACAAACGUAAACUGUAGGCAAAAUAACAAAAAACGAAUGUGGAAUAGUCCAAAGAGCAAUCCAAAACACUUUAUUCACACUAGCACAAGAAAAAUUGGUUACGCGCUUUCAUCAUAAAGUGACAUCACUUUGUGAUGAAAGCGCUUAACCAACUGUUUUUUCUUGUGCUACAGUGAAUAAAGUGUUUUGGAUUGCUCUUUGGACUAUUCCACAUUCAUUUUUUGUUAUUCUGUUAAAAACCUGUUUUGACUUUUUUUGUGUACUGUAAUAGUAUGAAUAUAAUGAUAUCUGAUUGUCAAGAGUUACUGUUAUCAUCAGAACUAGAAACAAAUCCCAUCUUCAGAUACAUUUUAGUAAUAUGAUAUCUAAUGUCACUUGAAUUAAGGUGCUGAGUCACCCUUUAAAUGUUUAUGUAGUGUAUCUGUGUGCAGAGGAUCAAAUAAGUGGUCUUUAUGCACCGACCCAAGAUGGAGAGCGUCUCUUUUCCCCAGAUAAAAAUCUUUUUUUUUUAAGUUUUGUAGCAGAUGUGUGCUAGUGCCUUAAACCAGCAAUCUCUAGUAUCAGCUUCAGCCUGAGAUGAACUUUGUAAUGUUAUCCCACCUCAGGAAAGGGCUUACAUUAUAAUGAGGAUUUCAAUAACACAAAGGUGUAGGUAUAUUUUGUAUGCUGUUACGUAUAUGUUUAUUCUUGUAACUAAAUUUCUUUGUGCCACAGCUUUUCCAAAAUGCUAACUUACUACUUCUCAGAUGGGUUCCAUUUCUGGAUAUUUCUCAGUAUCGAAUGUCAAGUCUCUUUAGUCUCUGUCAUUACAUGUUGUAAUAAGUAAUGGAAAUAUCAAAAGUUAGAAACACAUUAUGGUAUUGCACAAAUACUGACUUGUCAGUGGUUGACUUCAUGAAAUUGUCUUUAGUAUGGUAGUGGGCAAAACAUUUAAGCAGUAACACUUUUUCCAUCAAUUUCCUCCUCAUAUCACAGUCUGCAAAAGCUGAAGACUUCAGGAUUUAUAUUUCAUGAGAUACAGUCUUCUGUGGAUUUAGAGCAGUUUGCAGCUCUUCAUAUGAUUUAAUACAACAGUUUGCAUUGUAGCAUGAGAAAAUCAGGAUAGCUGCUUAGCCACACAAAAAUCUGGCAUUGCUUUAAACACAAAGAAUCGAUUAUCCCAGCAGAAGAAUAUAUAUUUUUCCUAGCAUAUGAAUAUUUUAUAUUUUAUUCUAUUUGGUUAUUAACCUAUUUGAUCAUCAUCAGCUGCCUUUAACCUGUUUUCCACUAGUUUUAAAUCAUUCUUUUGCUAAUUUGAAGUUUCCCUGAGCCUUUUGACACUCACUUGGAUGAAGAUACUUAGCUGUGGUUUAUUUCAGUGGCACAGUGGUAAAGCAGAUAAUGUUGUUGCCUCACAGCAAGAGGUUCUCUGGUUCAAUUCCCACCUGGGGUGCCUUCUGCGCAGAGUCUGCAGGUCUUGCCUAUGUUCAUGUGGGUUUCCUAAUGGUGCUCUAGUUUCCUCCUAUAUUUCAAAGACAUGCAGUAGGUGGACUGGAUACUCUAAACUGGCUGCAAGUGUGAGUGUGUGGUACAGAAGAACAGCAGAGACGGGUCUAGCCAGCUGGUGGCAUGAACCUUUGCCCUAGAUGAUUGUCACGGUUAAAGUGACACCCCUACCCCAUAUGAAAAAUGGUGAAAAAGGGGUUGUGGAUGGAUGGGUAUAAGGCUUGCCUUUCUGUGCAAGCUUUCUAUCUACAGUUUCUAACCAUGCUAUCCUAGUGUUUUAUUGCAAGAGAGUAGGUCAGAUUAUUGUCCAUGUUAGUGCUUUCUUCAUGCUCAAAGUUGUAGUGCUUGUUUGUAUGUGUAGGCACACACAUGCUUGCAUAUCUACUACUUAAAUGCUUUCCUAAGGCGGUCUUCCAUAUUGUCAUUACAUGCUUCCCCUGGUAUCAUCUGUACUUUCAAAGCUUUGAUGUCUCCUUAUGUUUACACAUUUUCAGUUUCCUCUACAUUGGCAUCUCCAGUUUAAAGUUCUAGCUAAAAUAAUGAUAAAGAGAUGAUAUAUUGUAAUUAUGGAUUUGAUGCAUGAUAUUUUUUAAUUUAUCUGAGGACAGACUCUGUGUUAACACAGACCUGCUCUCAUAAUUAGUGCCAAGAAAAAGAAAAUAUUGCAUGUGUCAGUGUAUCAUAUUUCAGUAAUGUGCCUCCAGUUCACAGCAUUUGUUUAAUUUCUUUUUCUGAAGAUGGUGUCCUGAGAUUUAAAGAUCAGUGGAUCACUAACAAAUCCAAGCAUGCUAUGUGUUAAUCAUUGUUUAGCUCUAGAAAAUGUAUAAUAUACUGCAGUUCAGAAAGUUCUGCUUAUCAGAGGUAUGUUCAUUAGUCUAAACAUAUUGUUUGCAGUAAAAUUGGAGUUUUUCCAUUACAGCUCAUUUGUCAUUUCCAUUUACAGCAUGACAUAGUACCUUUAACUUCAGAUACUAUAGAGGUGUAAGCUGUAGCUGAAACAAAGGGCACUGCUCUUACUUUCAUUUAUUAGUUGUUGCCAGUACUUGAAAGAGUGACUAAAAUUGAUUUAAAAUGUAAUACUACUGAAUUGUUCUGAAGCCAGCUCUCAUUUGAUGUUUUUUUUUGUAAACCUUGCACUCUUGUUUUGAGUUCACUUUGUGUUAUAGACCUAAAGAAUAUACUAAAAAAACUGCAUAGUUCUGAUCACCCCAUUUCUUCAAUCUUUUAACUACUUGUAGUCAAAAUCUAACAUUUUGCUGUUUCUGCUAUAAACAUUUAAAUUUGUAGCAGUUUUGUGUCAAAAAUCCAGUAUGUAAAAUAUACCAACUAAAAAUAGCUGAUCUGUCAUGUUUGAGACUUUGCAUUCUGCUGCUGUUUAAAAUGUGUAAAAUUUAUAUUCUAUAUACAAUUUAUUCUGUGGGCUCCAAAGAUUCCAAAUAAAUAAAAAUAUGAUUGAUUUUGCACAGCUGA